CGGUGCCGGCCUGUGGGUGGGGCGGGCCCUGACUGGUGCGGCCGGGGGCGGCUCCGCGGGCCGGGAGGGCGAGCUGCGGGCGGAGCGAGUCGUCCCCUGAGCGCCAUGGCCGCCCUGCGUGCCCUGCUGCCCGUCGUCCGCCGCCCGCUGCGAUCCUGGCCCGGCUGCGCGGCGUUGCGCCCCUUCGCCUCGGAAGCCGACUUUAAGUACAUCCUCACAGAGAAGAAGGGGAAGGGCCGCAACGUGGGGCUGAUCCGACUAAACCGGCCCAAGGCGCUCAACGCGCUCUGCGAAGGCCUGAUGGCAGAGCUCAACCAGGCGCUGGCGGCCUUCGAGGCGGACCCUGCUGUGCGAGCCAUCGUUGUCACGGGCGGGGAGAAGGCGUUCGCAGCUGGAGCCGAUAUCAAGGAGAUGCAGAACCAGACGUUCCAGGACUGCUACUCCGGCGGGUUCUUGAGCCACUGGGACCAGCUCACCAGGGUCAAGAAGCCAGUCAUAGCUGCUGUCAACGGUUAUGCUCUUGGUGGUGGCUGUGAACUUGCUAUGAUGUGUGACAUCAUUUAUGCUGGUGAGAAAGCGCAGUUUGCACAGCCGGAAAUCCUACUGGGAACCAUCCCAGGUGCCGGGGGCACCCAGAGGCUGACACGCGCUGUCGGAAAGUCACUGGCCAUGGAGAUGGUCCUCACUGGUGACCGGAUCUCAGCCCAGGAUGCCAAGCAAGCCGGGCUUGUAAGCAAAAUUUUUCCUGUUGACACAUUGGUCGAAGAAGCCAUCCAGUGCGCAGAAAAAAUUGCCAGCAAUUCUAAACUUGUAACGGCAAUGGCUAAAGAGUCUGUGAAUGCAGCUUUUGAAAUGACGUUAACAGAGGGAUGUAAGCUGGAGAAGAAACUCUUCUAUUCAACUUUUGCUACUGAAGACCAGAAAGAAGGCAUGGCCGCUUUUGUGGAGAAGAGAAAGGCCAACUUCAAAGGCCAGUGAGAGCUGUUGCCUUUGCACCAAGCCGCUACUUAAAGGAAAAAUGCGGUCAUCUAGUUCUAGGAGCAAAUAAAGCCUUGUCUUUUAAAGGCC